AUGGCGCCGACUGCCGCCGUUCACUCCCCACCAUCUGCACCAUCUGCAACCUCAUCGAAGCGCACCAUGUCUGAGCGGUCGGACCGGCAGCGAGUGGAGGACCUCGAAGUGAAGCCGUACGUGAUCGUCGGCGACCUGGGCAAGGGCAGCUUCGCGACCGUCUAUCGCGGAUACCAUGAGCAAACACAUAACCAUGUUGCGAUAAAGACCGUGAACCGGAGCGGCCUGAGCCCCAAGUUGUUCGACAAUCUGCAGGGCGAGAUCGAGAUCUUGAAGAGCUUGUCGCACAGGCACAUUACUCGCCUUCUUGAUGUCAUUCGUGCAGAACGGAACAUCUACCUCAUCAUGGAAUUUUGUGCGGGCGGAGACCUUGCAAACUACAUCAAGAAACGUGGACGCGUAGAGGGCCUGGAGUACAUUCCUGCCCCUGGUGUUGCCCCCACUUACUACCCACACCCAAAGUCCGGCGGACUUGAUGAGAUCGCGGUCCGGAGUUUCCUGAGGCAACUAGCUCGCGCUAUUAAGUUCCUCCGUCAACGCAAUCUCAUACACAGAGAUAUCAAGCCACAGAAUCUGCUCUUGACCCCUCCUGGCCCAGACGAAUAUUCAAGAGGACAUCCGCUAGGUGUCCCCGUACUUAAAGUUGCAGACUUUGGGUUUGCUCGCUUCCUUCCCAGUGCCAUGAUGGCCGAGACUCUGUGCGGAUCCCCGCUAUAUAUGGCACCGGAGAUCCUCAGUUACCAGAAGUACGAUUCGAAAGCCGAUCUCUGGUCUGUGGGCGCGGUUCUGUACGAGAUGUCUGUCGGAAGACCACCGUACCGCGCGCAAAACCACAUCGAACUCUUGAAGAAGAUCGACAGCUCGAAAGGCAUCAAGUUCCCGGAUGAAGAUCCGCAGAUGAUCGCACGCGCUCAGGCCAAGGGCGAGGACCUGAAGCCGGUCCCCUCGGACAUCAAGAUGCUCAUCCGGACCCUUCUCAAACGCAUACCGGCCGAGCGCGCGAGCUUCGACGAGUUCUUCAGGAGCCUGGCGAUGGCGAACUCCAAGUUCCCGCGGCCAAGGGACCCUUCUCCGCCACUUGGACCGCCACCGGACGAUGACGACGAACCGGAUCGAAUACCUGACCAUCAUCGAGUGAUUCCCCCCGAGGUGCUCGACCCCAAAGCCAUGAUUCCCCCGGCGAAGAUCAAGUUCAAGCGUCGGAAGUCGGCACUGCCAGAAAGUGCUGUGGAUGACGCGGCUUCGGAGAACAUCGCUGGCCCAUCAAGCUCCCCACCCGUCACCUUCCCGCAGCGUAUCCCCAAGGGGAAGAAUCAUCCGUCGUCUGCAGACAACUCACUUAUUCCAGGUGAACAGGAUGAAGAUAGGGAGUUUCGUCGCGAGUAUGUCUUAGUAGGAGACAAGCAAGCCGUGGAGAUCAAUCGUGCGGUAGAUGAAAUCACCGAGCGACGCAAACCACUUCGAGAUAGGAAGCCAGCUCCAUUUGGGGAGGAAGCUCUCAAUGAUAUCGAGUCGCCCACAACCGAGUACCCUGACCCCAUGGGUGCCCCCACUUUUCCUCCUCCCCCCAACACCGCUCUCCCUCCACUUUCUUCGUCCCCGUCGAGUGCGAACUCCAGGACCAACGGAAAUGCUCUGACACGCGCACUCAGCAUGGCCACCGGAAUCCUUCGUGGUGGGAGGCGGCGUCCGUCGUCAUAUCAGAUCGAGCCCAUGGCGUCCUCGCCACGUCGCGCCCAGAUGUUCGGAGGACCCCGCGCCACUGGACUUGCGCUCGGACUUGAGCUUCAAAACGCACGCGAUGCGGAAGAAGACGAGCUGCUGGCCAGUCUCGAGGAGCUUGCGCAGAAGACGGAGGUGCUGACGCGCUGGGCAGAUGAGAUGUACGACUACGUGAAGGCCUUCCCCCAGAAACCUCUGCCUGACCCGACGAAGUUCCUUCGUCGCGAAGGUGAGACAGAUCGCAUCGCGAAUCGGCGCAGGAACGCGGACAUCCAGGCGGAGUACAACGCGAUGACCUGCGUGGCAGUGUAUAUGCUCCUCAUGACGUUCGCGCAGAAGGGCAUCGACCGCCUGCGCAACUACCACGAGCACCUGCAAAUGCGCGAUCCGGAUGGUGAACUUGAAGUGAGCGAAGGCUUUGACGAGGCACUGGCGUGGUACAAGGACCAGUUCAUCAAGUGCCACGAUCGCGCGGCGCUCGUCAAGACAUGGCUCCCUGCGCAGUAUUCUGGGGCGCCGACGUUCAUCGACACGCUGGUGUACGACCGGGCUCUGAAUCUGAGUCGAUCUGCGGCACGGAAGGAGCUAUUGAACCAAGCGACGCCGGAGGAGUGCGAGCUGCUGUACGAGGAGUCGCUCUGGUGUCUGUACACGCUCCGAGACGAUCUUCUUCCGGUCGACAAUCCCUACCUGGAAGAAGAUCGUAACACCAUCUCUACUUGGGUCAAACGGACCAAGCUCAGAUUAGUGCGCUGCCGCGCACGCAAGAACAUGACCGAUAACGAGCGCAUGAAGGACGCCGCUCUCGACAACAACCUUGCGGACGUCCCGCGCAUACCUGCCCCAUGGGAUUUCGCUGCGUCGGAUCCCCCAUCACAAGAUGUCGUUCGUUCAUAG